AUGAACUUGCUGUAUUGUGGACUAGAUGCUAAUGAAUUCAACCGUGUGUCUACAUGCAAAAGUGCCAAGGAGAUAUGGGAUAAGCUCGUAGUCACAUAUGAAGGAACAAGCCAAGUCAAGGAGACCAAAAUCAGCAUUUUCCUUCGACAAUAUGAACUUUUUAAAAUGCUUUCAAAUGAAUCUAUUAAAGAAAUGUUUACUAGAUUCACUCAAAUUAUUAACAAUCUUGAUUCUCUUGGCAGGUUUUUCUCAAAUGAAGAAAAAGUGAGAAAGAUCCUUCGAUGUCUUCCAAAAGCAAAGUGGGGUCCUAAAGUUACAGCAAUGGAAGAAGCUCAAGAUCUAAGAACCCUUCCUCUUGAUGAUCUAUUGGGAAAAUUAAUUACCCAUGAAAUGUCCUUUGAUGAAGAAGAUGGAGAGCCUGCCUCAUCCACAAAGGGGCUAGCUCUCAAAGCCAAGAAAGAAGAAGAGAUAGAGGAAGAUUCCGAUGAAGAUGAUGAUGAAGACCCCUUUGCUCUUCUCUCAAGGAGUCUUACCAAAAUCCUCAAAAUGAAGAAGAAGUUCUCAAAAGAAAGAAAUCAUGGAAAAUCUGAUCGAUACAGCAAUCACCAAGAAAAGCCUAAGGGAAAGACAUACAACAAACUCAAUACCUUGAAAUGCUAUGAAUGUGGUGAAGAAGAUCACCUUGUACGAGAUUGUCCUCAAAGAAAGAAGUCUAAGCCCUACAAAAAGGAAUUCAAGAAAAAGGCUAUGGUGGCAUCUUGGAGCGAUUCUGACUCAAGUGAUUCAGACGAUGAUGAUCAAGCCAACCUAUGUCUAAUGGCAAAAAAAGACACUUCUAAAGAGGAACAUCUUCAGGUAAUUGUAAAUAAUCUCAUGUCUAGUCCUUCAAAUAUUCUUUCUGAAUUCUUGCAUAAUAUGAUUAUCAAUGAGGAAAGCUUGAUUCAAGAGUCAAAAAUUUUGAAAGAAAAACUCAGUACGCAAGUUGAAACUACUGAGAAUUUAAUCAAAGAAGUUUCUGUUUUAAAAGAAGCUUAUACAGCUCUCGAAAACAAGGUCAAAGUGUCUGAAACUCAGAUCAAGGCCUUGAAAACCGAGAACAGUACUUUGAAACAAAAACUCACUUCUCUAAAUUACUGUAAUUAUAGUCUUGAAAACGAGAAGAAAAGUCUUUUUGAAAAGUGUUCAAAUCAGCAAAGUCUUUUAAAUAAACUUUCAAAUUCUGAAAAUGAUUUUAACAAAAUUUUGGACAAAGCACGAGGAUCCAGAGACAAAACUGGACUUGGUUUUAACAAAUAUCUUGACAAAAAGAAACCUACUGUUUUUGUUAAAGCCAAAGGAAGUUUUAAUGGUCCUACCUAUUUUUAUUGUUGCAAAAAAGGUCAUACCAAGCUUACCUGUCCUUUCAAAACGAAAUAUCCUCAUAUUAUCAAACAUUCAUUUCCUUAUUUUACUCGAGACCAAAUUAAGCAAAUCUGGGAGAGCUUGAAAAAGAAAGAUUAUAGAUGGAUUUUAGAUAGUGGAUGUUCUCGGCACAUGAGUGGAAAUUCUGCUUUAUUCUCUAAGGUUGAAACUAAUCUAUGUGGAACAAUAACCCUUGGAGACAAAAAGAAGUGCAAUAUCGUUGGCAUUGGCAAAAUUGGAGGCAACGAGAGUUUAGUGCGUGGCUUGCCUGAAUUAAAUUUCAAAGAAAAAGGGUUGUGCAAACCAUGUGCUCGAGGUAAACAGGUUAAAGGUUCUUUUAAGACCAAAAAGGUUGUAAGUACCUCUAAACCCCUUGAACUUUUACAUAUUGAUUUAUGUGGUCCUAUGCGUGUCAAAACCCCAAAAGGAAAACAGUAUAUCCUUGUGGUUGUUGAUGACUAUUCUCGUUUUACUUGGGUUUCAUUUUUAAGAGAAAAAUCAGAAGCUUUGUUGGAGUUUUCAAAAAUUUGCAAAGAAGUUCAAAUUGAGAAAAACCUACAUGUGGUAGCUGUGAGAAGCGACCAUGGUAGAGAAUUUGAUCAAAUUAAUUUUGAAAAGUUUUGUACUAAAUAUGGUAUUUCUCACAACUUUUCAGCUCCAAGGACACCUCAACAAAAUGGGGUUGUGGAACGCAAGAACCGCACCCUUGAGGAUCUGUCCAGGACCAUGCUUUUGGAAAAUGCUUUACCAAAAUAUUUUUGGGCAGAAGCUGUUAACACAGCUAACUAUGUUUCAAAUCGUUGUUUAAUUCGCCCUAUUUUAAAGAAAACUCCAUAUGAGCUUUUCAAAGGAAGGAAACUCAAUAUAGCUUAUCUAAAACCAUUUGGAUGUACUUGCUUUGCUCAUAAUAAUGGCAAAGAUAACCUUGGGAAAUUUGAUGCACGUAGUGAUGAAGCUAUUUUCUUGGGAUACUCUUUUGUUUCUAAAGCAUAUAGAGUCUUUAACAAGCGAACUAAGCUUGUUGAAGAAAGCAUACAUGUUAUUUUUGACGAAUCCGAAAAGGAUACUUUGAGUGAAAGUUUUACAGGUCUAAGGCUGAACAGAUACAAGGAACCAGAAACAGAUGAUGAAAGUGAUAAAGAAGCAGCAGAAGCUCCAGCAAUGCGCCCUACCCAGAACAUCCAAGAACGCGUUCAAACCAUAGAAGAAUUAAAUCAAUCCUCUGUUUCUCCUCCUCAAAGCCCUGAAAGCUUAUCUCAAGACCUUGAACCUGAACCUGAAUCGAGCCAAAAUUCAUCUCAUGGUCUUGAAACAGUACUCCAAGAACCUCCUGCUACCCCCUUACUAAUGCGCAGAAAAUUCAAACAUGCCUCAUCUCAUCCUCUUGAUAAAAUCAUUUCUGACCCAAAAUCUGGAAUCCAAACCAGAGCAAACUUAAAGUCUCUUUGUGCCUUUCAUGCCUUUGUUUCCCUUGUUGAACCGAAAAAUGUCAAAGAAGCCUUACAUGAACCGGAUUAG